UGCACUCCCUGUGAGUAGCCGGCGUGUCCAGUGCGCAUGUGCAGGCUCCGCCUCUCAGUCUGGGCUGUCGCAGGGAGCUGGAGAGGAGACGUCAGGUGCGAGCGUGGCUGAGGAGGCCGGGGAGCUGCUCGUCUCCAAACAUGUCCUUGCACAAGUGCCAGGAGGAAUGGGAAGAGCUGGAGAAGGAAUUCAAGCAGCUGCAGGAAACACACAAAGUCUACAAACAGAAGUUGGAAGAACUGAACACUCUUCAAAGCUCAUGCAUCGGUUAUAUUAACAAGCAUAAACGGCGCCUGGCAGAUUUGAAAAGCACCCUGAAAAUACAUAAACAGUCAGCAAGCCUAGGAGAGACUGACCUAAUCCAGCAAAUAGAUGGCACCAUUAAAGAGAGACACAAUGUGUUUUUUGACAUGGAGGCCUAUUUGCCAAAGAAAAACGGUUUAUAUCUAAACCUCGUACUUGGAAAUGUGAAUGUCACUCUUCUUAGUAAUCAAGCAAAGUUUGCUUACAAAGAUGAAUAUGAAAAAUUCAAGCUUUACUUGACAAUUAUUUUGUUACUCGGAGCCAUCGCUUGUCGGUUUGUGCUUCAUUACAGAGUAACAGAUGAAGUGUUCAACUUUUUGCUGGUCUGGUACUUCUGCACACUGACCAUACGAGAAAGUAUCCUCAUAAGCAAUGGAUCAAGGAUAAAAGGCUGGUGGGUUUCUCACCAUUACAUAUCUACAUUUCUAUCUGGGGUGAUGCUGACAUGGCCAGAUGGACUCAUGUAUCGGAUGUUCCGCAAUCAGUUUCUUGCCUUUUCAAUAUAUCAAAGCUGUGUACAAUUUCUUCAAUAUUACUAUCAAAGUGGGUGUCUAUACAGAUUACGUGCACUAGGAGAGCGAAACCAUUUAGACCUUACAGUAGAAGGGUUUCAGUCUUGGAUGUGGCGAGGACUCACAUUUCUACUACCCUUUCUGUUUUUUGGCCAUUUUUGGCAGCUGUAUAAUUCGGUCACACUAUUUGAACUGUCUAGACAUGAAGCAUGCAAAGAGUGGCAGGUUUUUGUGCUGGCACUCACUUUUCUGGCACUUUUCCUGGGUAACUUUCUGACAACUUUAAAGGUGGUCCAUGCCAAGUUUCAGAAAAACAAGGAGAAGAAACCUUGAUGACUAUGCGAACCUAGACUUGUUGACUGUUACGUAAUCAAUGAAAUACACUACAAGUGGAUUGACGCUUCUCUUCCAGACUCCACCUGUAACAGUAAUCAUGCUGCUCCCUGUUUCUCUGGGAGAGGCAGUGGAAUUUCAAAAGGAUUCCCUUGCGCUUCUAAGCAAUGUGAUACCAUGCCCCGAGGGACAGCAAGAGCCACUCUUAUCAUAAGCUGCUUGCAGUGCGUACUGCACACAACGGACAAUACUGUGCAAAUCUGAACCACUAGGCACUGUUAUCUGGACAGGCUAUGAAAGGCAUACACAAAGUCCAGCUACUUCAGGUGAUCAACCAUAAAGACAGACUCAUUUUGCUUUUGAUUUAAUUUGUUUCUUAAUUAGGGCAAUUUACACUUGAAUACUUGACAAGUGAAUUUAUGUGAAAAGGGAAUACUGUUUACAGAAUCAUUCAAUACGUGUUCAUGAAGGUGAGAAUGUAGGGGACUUGGCCGGGAAAAUAGUAAAUAAAGUUAUGUUCUGUGUGUAAGAACUUUACAGCAUAUGGUGGGUGUCUAUCAAGGGGGACAGUGGAGUAGUUGGCCAUAGCCACAUGGCAUCUUUUUCAAUGGACCUCUGAAAAUUUA